CACCCUCUUCAAGCAAUUCAUUCCGUUAGAUCCUCUCUUUCUCAUAUCAAUUUUUGAUCACUUCAGAAAUUAGAAAUGACUUCAUAUGAUCAAGUAAAACCAGUAGCCACCGGUUUUCCGGUAGAGGCUCCCAUGGUCCCUUGGUCUACUGGCCUUUGUGAUUGUUUUGAUGACUGCAGCAAUUGUUGCUUGACAUGUUGGUGCCCAUGCAUUACAUUUGGCCAGACAUCCGAGAUUGUCGAUAGAGGAUUGUCAUCUUGUGGAGUGAACGGAGCACUUUACGCGCUAAUAGGAGUUUUCACUGGUUGUUCUUGGAUAUACUCGUGCACGUACCGUACCAAAUUCAGAAGAACAUACAACUUAGAGGGGAGCGACUGUAAAGAUUGCCUAAUUCAUUUUUGGUGCGAAUCUUGUGCCCUCUGCCAACAAUAUAGGGAACUCAAGAACAGGGGUUACGAUGUGUCAUUAGGUUGCACGACAUGUUGGUGCCCGUGCUUUACAUUUGGUCAAACAUCUGAGAUCGUCGAUAGAGGAACCUCCUCUUGUGGACAGAAUGGGGCACUCUACGUGGCUGUAGCAGUUGUGUUCGGUUGUCCUUGUAUAUACUCGUGUGCUUAUCGUACUAAGCUGAGGCAAACUUACAACAUAGAUGGGAGCCCUUGCUGUGAUUUCAUGACACAUUGGUGCUGUAAUGGUUGCGCUCUAUGCCAAGAAUACAGAGAACUUCGGAAUCAAGGCUUCAAUGUCGACUUAGGAUGGCAUGGUAACAUGGAAAGGCAUAAUGGUGUUGCAGCUACCGCUCCGCCUACUCUACAUGGAGGAAUGAAUCGGUAAAGAUGAUCAUGAAGGAAAUAAAUCGUACAAAACCAUCCAGUUGUAAUGAAAUUAUCUUCUUCUUUUUCAUCCGUAAUUAAUCCUAUAAUGCUGAGUGUUUUAUUACCAUCAACAUUGCUAAUAUGGAUAUCGGUUUAUUGUGGAGCAUAUAUAAAUCCAUAUAACAUCCGAGAAUACUUUGCACUUUAUAAGUUCUUUUACUCUCCUCGGUAAAUUGGUACCCCAUUCGCAACCGUGUAUGACA